AUGCAAUUUGGUGGGAUACAAUCGAGGAAGAAACCAAAUGAAUUUAAAAAGUUACCAUUCAACUAUUGUUCAUUAUCACUUCAGCCAUUUGAACACCCUGUAUGUACCCCUGAUGGCAUGAUUUUUGAUUUAAGCAAUAUUUAUGCAUAUGUAAAGAAACAUGGAACAAAUCCUGUUACUGGUAAAAAAUUAGAUCUAAAGACUUUAAUCAAACUUAAUUUUUAUAAAAACUCUGAUGAUGAAUAUUAUUGCCCAGCAACGUAUAAAGUUUUCAAUGACCAUGCACAUAUUGUAGCUAUAAAAACUACUGGGAAUGUUUACUCAUAUGAAGCAAUUGAACGUUUGAAUAUUAAACCUAAAUAUUGGAAAGAUUUAUUAACCGAUGAACCAUUUAAACGAGAUGAUCUCAUAACUAUUCAAGAUCCUCAUAAUAUUGAAUCAAGAGAUUUUACUAAAUUCCAUUACAUAAAAAAUAAUUUAAAAAUCAAGGAUGAAGAAAAACAAGAUUCGUUGAGUAAUAUAAAUGUGAAUGCUACAGGUUCUGCUGCACGUAUCCUAAAAAAAAUAUCAAAUGAUUCUAGUGAAAAGAGUAAGCAAGAUCAAAAGACUACUUCUUCAUCAACAUCAACUUCUACAACUCCAAUAAAAACCUCAAAAAAAAGUAUUCCAUAUAAUGCAGCAUCAUAUUCCCGUGGAUUGGCUGCAGCAUCAUUUACGUCAACGGCAAUGACACCAAUAACAGAGAAUGAGAAUGCACUUAUAGAUGAAGAAGAAUUUAUGCUUGGUCAAAUAAAAUCAAAAGGUUAUGCUCGUAUAGUGACCAAUCUUGGGAACUUGAAUAUUGAACUUUUUAGUGACAAUGUAAUAUUUCAUCGAAAAAUAAAAAAUUUUAUGAUUCAGGGUGGUGAUCCAACAGGAACAGGUAAAGGCGGUGUAUCAUAUUGGAAAAAAGAUUUUAUAGAUGAAUUCAAAAGUAAUCUUUCACACAAUGAAAGAGGUCUAUUAAGUAUGGCUAAUCGCGGGAAAAACACAAAUUCAUCACAAUUCUUUUUUACGUUUCGGCCAUGUACACAUCUUGAUAAUAAACAUACAAUAUUUGGAAAAUUGGUUGGUGGUAAAGAAGUUUUAGACAAGAUGGAAUCAGUGCCAACAGAUGAAUCAGAUCGUCCAUUGGAGGAAAUUAAGAUUAGUGAGGUGACGGUAUUUAUUGAUCCAUAUGAAGAGUAUAAAAAAGAUUUGGAAAAGAAAUUAAAAAAAGAUCAGGAAGUUAAAAAACUACCAGUAAAAACUGUAAAAGAUAAUACUACAUGGUUUGGCACGAAAUUAACCAGUUCAAGGUUAUCAUCAUCAUCUACACAAGAUUCAUCUAUUCCCGUAGGUAAAUAUUUCAAAACACAACUUUCUAAAAAACGUGAAUUUGAAGAAAUAGAAGAAGUAAAACCAAAAAGUAAUAAUUUUGGUGAUUUUAGUAACUGGUAG